AUGCAGCGUGUUGUUUGUGGGCGGCGGCGGCGUCCGGUAAGUUUUUAUAAUUGAUCCUGCGGAUAUAUUACCCUAUUCUUGCGUAAUUGUCAUCUAUUUUUUUCAUUUUUUGAGUAAUUGCGAGGAUUUAUGAAGUAAUAGUAAUGAAUAUUUACGGGGUAAUUUCGCGAUUUUGAGUAAUUUUAUCGGAAUUUUAGGUGCGAAUGAAAGCCUAUUGGUGGAGGGUGUUGCAUCCGACAAGAUGGGUGAGUGUAGUGUGAUUUUUAGUUGCCAUUUCGACUAGCAUUAGCAUUUUCAUAAAGUGAAUGGACUUUUUGUUGUGCGGCCCAAAAAGUCCGGUUUUUAUGGGAAAAAGUUCCUUAUUCUGGCCACAACAAAGGUACCCUGCGAACUGCGACCAAACUUGGGAACUAAAGUUAGGGAAAAAGGCUUCGACCUAGCUGGCAAUGAAUUACUAUAAUAGCUCUAUAGUUUUAAGGGUACCUACGAAGGCUAUAACGACUCAUUUAGUUCUAUACGGAGGCAAUCAGUUUACAGGGGAAGUACUCCAAGUGCGACGCUCAGAUUUUCUUUAAAUUUUGCACACACAUCGGGUAUGGACUAAAUAUAAAUUCCUGAAAGUUUUAGCUCGCGCUUUGCGGGCGCCGCCGAGAUAUCGAACGAUUUUUGCCGCCGAGAGAGCAUGCUGAACGUGGAGAGCGGUCAGAGAGAAAAACGCCUUUUCACCAUAACUUUGGCAGUUUCCAGCGGAAAAUUUUGAUUUUUUGUAGAAACAUUAUCCUUUACGGUAGAAAUAGGCAUGAAACUUUUUGUGCCGAAAUUCGGCAAAAAGUCAUAAAUUUUGGCCAAAUUUCGAUCUAAAAAUCUCGGUUGUUUCUGCAAAGCGCGACCUAGGAUUCUCGCAUAAUUCUUAGACAAAAUUAUUCUAAAUUUGUGCCAAGUUUCAUCAAAAUCUGAGCGGCGCACUUGGAGUACUUCCCCUGUAACUUUGGGCUAAUUCUGACUAGUUUCCGCAAAAUUAUAAGUUGUGGCCAGAAUAAGGAACUUUAACCUUUUUAUGAAAACUGUGCAAGAAAAAUAUGAUUUGCACAGUGCAAUCGGCUUUUUUGAGGUUUGCACGGUGCGCAAAGGCAAAAUUCCAGAGUGCAUUGGCGACAAAAAUUCAAAAUGCUGUUUUUGGCUCAAAAUGCACUGUGCAAAGCACUUUUUUCGCGAUUUUUUCAGCGACGCGCCAAAAACGCACUGUCUAAAUUUGUGGCUGAUAAUUUGACAAUUUUAGAGGUCGUUGGUCUUGGUCGUUCUGUGUUUUAGUGCCAGUUUAGUAGUCUAUAAGAGGUAAGUAGGCCAUUUUUGAUCAAAUUUUUUCCGGGAAACUUGAUUUUUUCAAAAAUUUAAAAAAAUUUAAAAUAUAAAAAAAUAUUUUUUUUGAAAAAAAAAAUUAUUUAUUUUCAGUAUAACAGUGACCAAGUCGAUAAACGACGCGAUGCAGUUCAGCAAUCAAAAAUACGAGCAGCUUCUCAACGACUCGUAUUCCCCAUUUCCAGCGCAAUUCCCGUAUUUUGGAAGCUUGUUGGAGAAUGAGUGCAAAUUCCCAUCGCUUUUGCCAUGGGAAAAUGACAUCUCGUUCCGGGUUGCAGGGUAAAAUACGGUUUUAAAUUUAUCAAAAAAAAUUUUAAAAUAUGUUUUUAAAAAAAAAUUUGUUACGAAAUAUCUGAUUUAUGCAAAUUUCAGGCCUCUAAGUUGCACCAAAAACAUGCCUGAUAUUGUGACACUGGACGAGGAGAAUGUGUUGAGUAUUCAUGACGACCUGGACGAAAAAUGGAAGCGGAGGAAGGCGAAAAUAAGGUCGGUUUGAGCGAAAACAUGGAUAAAUUUGAAGAAAAAAACAGUUUUUAUUUCAAAAAACCCUUGUUUUUAUACAAAAUUCACAAGGGAAGGCUUACAAGUAAGAUGCUCAGAUUUUCUUUAAAUCUUGCAGACAUGUCAGGCAUAGGCCACAUAUCAAUUCCUGAAAGUUUUGGCUUGCGCUUUGCAGACACCGCCGAGAUAUUCAACGAUCUUUGCCACUGAGAGAGCACGCAGAAUUCGGAGAGCGGUUAGAGAAAAAACAGUUUUUGGCCGUAUCUUUGCCAGUUUCGCGCGGAAAAAAUUGAUUUUUUGUGGAAACAUUACUCUCUACGGUAGAAAUAGGCAUGAAACUUUUCAAGCCAAAAUUUGCAAAAAAAGUGUCACAUUUUUGCCAAAUUUCGACCUAAAAAUCUCGGUUGUUUCUGCAAAGCGCGGGUUAGGACGCUCACAUAUACCUCAGAAAAAAAAAAUUUCUAAAUUUGUGCCAAGUUUUUAUCAAAAUAUAAGCGUUGCACUUGGGAUAUUUCCCUUGUUACAGUGUUGGACCAGAUCCAGUGGCAAAAAACGUAUCAUUUUGCAUCCGGGAAGUAUCAAAAACGUAGCAAAAUACCUCCCUCCCCAAAUACGUGAAAAAAACGUAUUUCAAAAGCGCGCCCUUCCAGUCCUAAAAAGAGCAAGCGGGCUUUUGAAAUCGGAAUGCUUUCACUUGGAGAAGGAGGUAUUUUGCCACAUUUUUGAUACUUCCCGGAUGAAAAAUGGUACAUUUAUUGCCACCGGAUCAGGUCCGUCACAAUAGAUGAAUCCCUUUUCCAGAUGCACAGUAUCAAAGCUAUCCGGAGGGUUGAGGCCGAAAAACACGGAGAUGCAUGAGAUCCCAACCAAUCUCACUGUAAGAUUAUUAUUUCUAUGCUAUUCGUGACGUAUUUUAAACCUCUAAAUCGGUGUUUUAUUGCUUUUUUUAGCUCUACAUGGACUCUAGAACCAAAAUUGAUAUGGAUCAGUUUGUUGUCCGUUGCUUUGAAACCCCGCAAACCGGGAAGAAUGAGACGAAAAAAGAUGAAUAUAAAAUUUAUCAACGGCCGUUCGCCGGGUAUGCGAAGCAGGGGGUAAGCCUGUUCAACAAUUUUUUCGGCAAAGAGAGUACGCGAAAUGCAUAGAGCGGUUGGAGAGAAAAAUAUUUUUUGGCCAUAACCUUGCGAGUUUCGCUUGGAAAAUUUUUUACUUUUUUGUGGAAAUGUUAUAAUAAAACGGCGGAAGAAAUAUGCAUAAAACUUUUUACAGUGACGGACCUGAUCCAGUGGCAAAAAACGUACCAUUUUGCAUGAGGAAAGUAUCAAAAAAUGUAGCAAAAUGCCUUCCUCUCCAAGUGAAAAAAGUCCUAUUUCAUGUGAGGGAAAGGGCGGUCCUUCAAAACGGAGUUUUUUCAGUUGGAGAGGGAGGUAUUUUGCAACAUUUUUUUGAUACUUGCUUAAUGCAAAAUGGUACUUUUUUUUUGCCACUGGAUCAGGUCCGCCACUGUCAAAAGUUUUACACAUAUUUCUACCGCAGUUUUAUUAUAACAUCUUCACAAAAAAAUAAAAUUUUUUCCUUUGCGAAACUAACAGGGUUAGCUGCCGGGUGCAAAAUCCAGCCAGUGUAUGAAAAAAAUUUGAAAAAAAGUAGAGCCAAAUUGCAACUUAAAAAUCACGGUCGUUUCUGCAACCGCAAAUAUCAUGUCCCGAGAACCAUGCCUGCUCGAAAAAUGCGAUCAAAAUCAGCCCUUUGGUAUCAAAAAGUUUCACAGAGACCCAAACAGACUAGUUAGGUCACUGUGAAACUUUUUGAUACCAAAUUUAAGCUCAUUUUGAUCUCCUGUCCUGAUAUCUUUUAUUUUACUGAUAAUUUUUUCAAUUUUUGGGACAAAAAGAAGACGCUGACAAAAUCCACCCCUGAGAAGCCAUCAUUAAUCGUCCUGGUGUUGGAUUCGACGUCGAGAAAUCAAUUCCUCCGACAUGCUCCAAAAUCAUGGAAGUUCAUGGAGGAAUUGGGAUUCGUAACGCUGAAGGGCUACAACAAGAUUGGAGACAACUCUGGAGUGAAUCUAUUUCCCAUUGUGGCAGGAAAAACGCCCGAGAGGCAGGUGGGAGGAGACGGGAAAGAAGUCCUACAAAAAGAAGAACUGCCGGUUGUUCACGAAAACCAUGAGCAUCUCUGGGAUUUGUUCAAAAGUAUGCCAUGCUGUUUGAAAUUACAGUCGGACGUGAUCCAGUGGCAAAAAACGUACCAUUCUGUAUCCGGGAAAUAUCAAAAAAUGUGGCAAAAUGCCUCCCUCUCCAAGUGAAAAAACUCCGUUUCGAAGGGCGCGUCUUAUCACAAAAAGAGCGGGGGCGCUUUUGAAAUCGAAGUUUUUCACUUGGAGAGGGAGGUAUUUUGCCACAUUUUUUGAUACUACCCUAAUGCAAAAUGAUACGUUCUUUUGCCACUGGAUCAGGUCCGCCACUACAAGUCUGUUUUAGAGAGGAACUGCGUGACAAUGAUCAACGACGACAUUAUGCACCAUUCUCGAGGGCUUUUUGCCUACCAUCACCAUAAAGGAUUCACAAAACCUCCGACAGACUAUUAUUUUCGGCCAUUCGAGAUCUUCAAUGUAAAGAAUCAAAUCCGGCCGAAGCUGGGGCAAUGUACGGAACAUGGAGAGGUGGGUUUUUACCACAUGUGGCGGACCUGAUCCAGUGGCAAAAAACGUACCAUUUUGAAUCCGGGAAGUAUCAAAAAAUGUCGCAAAAUACCUCCCUCUCCAAGUGAAAAAACUCCGAUUUCAAAACGGCCCUUUUUGUGAUGGAAAGGCGUGCCCUUCAAAACGGAGUUUUUUUAGUUGGAGAGGGAUGCAUUUUGCUACAUUUUUUGAUACUUCCCGGAUGCAAAAUGGUAUGUUUUUUGCCACUGGACCAGGUCCUCCACUAUAAGGCCUCUAGGAAUUCACCGAACGUGAAAAAUAUGCAAAAUCUUUCCAUAAAAAGGAACGUAUUUUGUCUAUUUUUCCUUUUCCAACCGCAAAUGACGCAAUAUGAAAACUGCAUCCCCCUAAUUCUAAGUAUUUUCAGACAGUCAUGGGACAACACUUUGAUCUCUUCGAGAAAUUCACUCGAGUCUACAAGGAUUAUUGCCACUUCUCGUUCAACUUUUUCACCUCCUUGACGCAUGACAAUUCGUUCCAUUUGGAGGCGGUGGAUGAGCAAAUACGGUAGGCAAAUCGCCGAAUGUCGGACCUAUCCGGUGACAAAAAACGUACCAUUUUGCAUCCGGAAAGUAUCAAAAAUGUGGCAAGAUGUCUCCCUCUCCAAGUGAAAAAACUCCGUUUUGAAAAUCUCGCUUUUGAAAUCGGAGUUUUUUCACUUGGAGAGGGAGGUAUUUUGCUACAUUUUUGAUACUUUCGGGAUGCAAAACGGUACGUUUUUUGCCACUGGAUCAGGUCCGCGACUGUAUGAAUUUGCACAAACCUUCCCAAUUUUAGAGACAUCCUAGAGACCUUCAAGGGAAUCGGCGCGAUGGACAACACCGCCGUCGUUAUAAUGGGAGACCAUGGGAAUCGAAUCGGAGCCGUCCAGUAUUCGUAUUCCGGGAGGAUCGAAGAGCGAGCUCCGCUCUUCUCAAUCUAUUUGCCCGAAGGAUUCAGAAAAGCGCAUCCGGACUUGAUGAGAAACUUCAAAACCAAUGUCAACCGACUAACGAGUAAUUAUGACAUUCAUCGAACGUUGAAGGAGCUGGCAUUGGGCGUGGAGGAGGAUAAGGAUGGUAAGCGGCAGGUUUGGUGUUUUUUGCACGGCACGGCCCGGGACAAAAUGUCUAUGCGCAUUAUCAGUCUGUCGAGAAAAUAAUGUGGAUUUAUCAGUCUGUCGAGAAAAUAAUUUGGAUUUAUCAGUCUGUCGGGAAAAUAAUGCGCAUUAUCAGUCUGUCGAGAAAAUAAUGUGGAUUUAUCAGUCUGUCGAGAAAAUAAUUUGGAUUUAUCAGUCUGUCGGGAAAAUAAUGUGGAUUUAUCAGUCUGUCGAAAAAAUAAUGUGGAUUUAUCAGUCUGUCGGGAAAAUAAUGUGGAUUUAUCAGUCUGUGUGGAAAAUAAUGUGGAUUUAUCAGUCUGUCGGGAAAAUAAUGUGGAUUUAUCAGUCUGUCGGGAAAAUAAUGUGGAUUUAUCAGUCUGUGUGGAAAAUAAUGUGUAUUUAUCAGUCUGUCGAGAAAAUAAUGUGGAUUUAUCAGUCUGUCGGGAAAAUAAUGUGGAUUUAUCAGUCUGUCGGGAAAAUAAUGUGGACUUAUCAGUCCGUGGGGAAAAUAAUGUGGAUUUAUCAGUCUGUCGGGAAAAUAAUGUGGAUUUAUCGGAAAAUAGUGUAGAUUUAUCCGUCUGUCGGGAAAAUAAUGUGGAUUUUCCGCAACAAAAUGUCUCGCCUCGUCCCAUCCAACUGCGGCUAGCCUUCGCAAAUCGAUGAAGGGCGUUUCUACGGUGCGAAAAAAUCCACAUUAUUUUCCCGACGGACUGACAAAAAAUACUAGUAUUCAUUUCCUCUUUUCCAGCCUCAAAAUACCGCGGAUACAACCUAUUCCGCGAGUUGGUCCCAACAACUCGCACUUGUCUGGACGCCGGAAUACCGGAGAAUUUCUGUCUAUGCAUGCCACAAGAUCCGCUGCCAAGAAUCGAAAGAAAUUCGACAAAAUUCCAGAAAAUGGAAGAAGCCAUUAGAAGCAAACUAGCUGAAUACGAAUGCCUCGAUCCGGGGUCACUCAAAAUCGAAGAGAACGAACUCAGAACGCACGCCAUCAACGAUGCGGCGAGGAAAGGAAUGAGAAAUAUGCCCCUGUAAGUGGACUUGACAGCAAAACAUUGAUGAAUGUCUCAUGAAUACCUUGUAAUAUUUUAGAGACGAGACCGAAGAGCCUCCGAAAAUGUUCAAGGAACACCGAUUCAUCUAUCCUCGUGUUACUGUAGCAACAAAGACCGCAUCGAUUCGCCGGCUACUCUUUGAAGUCAAGUUCUACACAAAAGCGGAGAGGAUGAACGUAAUAUCCGAUCCUGUUUUCAUCAAUGAAGACAAUAAGCCAUCACAAAUUGCUAUUGAAUACAUAUGCAGAAUACCCUAG